UACUAAAUUGUAGUUAGUUAUUUAAAGCAACAAAACAUUUGCUUGAAAUGCAGUGUACUGAAUGCAAGAGCGAAACCUCAUCAGCUUGAGCGAGACUAGUUUGAGUCGGUACGAGCGACGUCGCGUCGGCGUAUCCAUUGGGGAAGUGUUCUCCUGGCGUGCGGUCGUGUCUGCAGCCGUGCUAGUGUGAAUAUCCGAACGCGUUCAGUUAUUGUUCGAAAUUUAAAAAUAUUCUAUUCCAAAUUUAAAUGACAGAUUAAGUUUUGAAAUUGUCAUUCGCGUUUUUUUUAUUUUUAUUUGUUAACGUAAUAAAUUCAAACGGCCGUGUCAUGUUUGCGGUUUUUAAAUAUCGAACCUAUUGUCAAAGGCAUUAAGAAUUUAUAAAACAGAUAUCUUUUGUUUGUUGAAACAAUAAAUAAACGUUUCUGUGAUAACGUCGACGGAUUUUUGUGUCAAAGUGCCGUGAUGUCGUGUAACAAAUUCAGCACCAAAAUGGGUAAAGAGGUACAGAAACGAUGGCGGUCUAUUCGCGAUUCUUACACGAAGUCGUACCGGCAAGGCAAGUGCGCCCCAGAGCAGUGCCAGCCCGGCAGCCGUCGCUACCAGUACCACAAGCAGAUGUCAUUCUUACACCGCGCGCUGCAGAACAGGAAGCCACGAUACUCUCAAGACAAAUACGAAUCUUACUCAGAAGUAUCGAAUUCCCCGCAACAUCCGGCGCCGGAUGAAAUCAUACCGAGGAUCAAACACGAGGCCAUAGACAAGCCUCUCGAUCUCAAGACAAAACCGGACCCGCCAGAGAGACCGGAAACCGUAGACAAAUGCAAUCAAGCGACCAUAGACAGUGAUAAGAAGAGCCCUUCACUAGAAAUCAAAAUUGACGCGAAUUCGAUCCUGCCAGACGAUCAUUUCGACGAUGAUAAACUUUUUAUGAACUCUCUUUUACCCCUUUUUAAAAAGAUGGAUGAUGAUACCCGUCUUUUAUGCCGUAUCGAAGUUUUGAAGAUCAUUAGAUACGCUCUACAAGGGAAUAAAUGCUUUGAAGCCUUAAAAAUGGCGGAAGAUAGCUUCUUUAAGAAUCGUAUUAGUGGUUUAUUAGCCAAAGAGGAGGUUAUAGAUACAUCAGUUAACUCUACUAAGAAUGGAUUGUCGGAGUCCAAAUUGUCUAUGACCACUCGCUCUGCUGAUGGCAGCCGACCUGUGAGGAAACGAAGAGCUCGUUCUCCAUCUCCCUUACCGAUACCACCCAAAAAGAGGGGUCCUGGUCGUCCUAGGAAGGUCCGUCCCCCUCCAUCCGACUCAGAAGAGGAACACACAGUACGGAAGCAGUAUCCCAAGCUUAAAGUCCCACCCGUAGAGAUCUCCCAUCUCUCUGAGUACGAUGAAACUUUAAACAGGGCUACGAGUGUCUCACAACUGCCUAAACCCAUGUUUAUGAGGGUAAAUGUACAACCUGGAAAGAUCAAAACCUACCCUGGCAGCACCACCUCAAGCAAUGCAAGUCACCGUUAAAUCGGAGCCCAUAGACACGUUCGAGACACAGUGUAAUAUGUAAAUGUCAAACGUGUGACAGCUGUCAAAAGUGUUACCAUAUGCAAAAACUUUUGAACUCUCGUGCCAGUUUCGCGGUUUUAUAUUGUAUAGUGUUGGUACCAUGUAAUGUAGAAAAUAUGGACCAAUUUAAAUAUUUGAAUGUGAUCCUUAUGGACAGGGUGGUAAGGUUUACAAUGCAAACGAAAUUAUUGACAUAUUAAUGUCCAAUGAAUUAUUAUGUUUGAUAUGAUUAUUGUGAAUCUUUAAUUUUCUUUUUUUCAAUUACAAUGCAUUAAUUUACCGUUACUUUCGGUUUUCAUUCUGUUUCUAAUGUGGCAACAUUGGAAUUUUAAAAAAUGGCCCUAAUCCUUAUUUGUACAGAUAAUAAAAUGUAUCAUAUGUUCCGUUAGUUUUUUGAAUGUGGCGAGUGAAAUGUGAUAAUUUUAAUUAAGUUUUUUUUUAUUUAAUAAGUACAGUUAUUAUAAUUUUUUAACGUCCAUAUUAAAUGGUUUAUGUUAAAAACUAUGAAUUAUGUUUAAAUCAUUAUGUUAUGUAUGUUGUUCCAAAUGUUAUUUCUUAUGUCUUUUUGAAGUUAGAAUAGUAUGCAAAUGGAAAGUCAAUCGAUAUUAAUUUAUAUUUAGUAUGUGUCAUUCGUAAUAAUUGUUUUAAAACUGUAGAUGACAUGAAAAAUAUUUACCUACAAUAAAUAAACCUGAAUUUCAACUAUGAGUCGUAAUUUUUUUCGUUAAUAUGUCGAAGCGUACGAAUUCAAAUUAUGUGUUAUU